UCUUAGAUAAACAUCCACGAUGGCCGCACCCGCACGAGUGACACUUGCUGACAUUUACAGAGCUCACGAACGAAUACUACCAUACAUACACAUGACACCCGUCUUUACGAAUUCUACAUUUGAUAAACGAAUUGGCAGAAAUGCAUUUUUCAAAGCGGAAAAUCUCCAGAAGACAGGAUCGUUCAAAGCGAGGGGAGCGUUGAAUGCUGUCAGUAACCUUCGGGAUACGUACAUUAGCGCACGGCCAGUCAGCACUGUGAUUGCCCUCAAGGAGAGAAAUCCUGAUGUUCCUGGUGUGGUAACACACAGUACAGGUAAUCAUGGCCAGGCAUUGGCAUGGGCUGCAAAAACUGUAGGCCUCAGGUGUGCAGUCAUUGUUCCUCAUGACACCCCACAGGUGAAGAAGGAUGCCAUAUCAAGCUAUGGAGCAGAGUUAGUUUUAUGUGAGCCCACACCACAGUCCAGGCAGGAGACAUGUGACAAAAUUGCAAAGGAGCAGGGACUGGAAUUUAUACCUCCUUUUGACUAUAAUGAUGUCAUUGCCGGUCAGGGAACCAUAGCUAUGGAGCUGCUGAAACAGGCACCAGACCUUGAUGCCAUUCUCGUUCCUGUUAGUGGUGGUGGCAUGUCAUCUGGUAUAGCCAUUGCAGCAAAGGCCAUCAAACCAGGCAUCAAAAUAUAUCUUGUGGAGGCUGAGGGCAAGAUGUGUGAAAAGUCACUAAGAGCAGGUGAACGACUUUGGCCUAACCCUCCACGAUUUCUUAACACAAUCGCCGAUGGGAUCAGGAUGCAACACUUAGGCCACUUAACAUGGCCAAUACUCUUAGAACUCGCAGAAAAAGAUGUCUUUUCCCUCAAUGAUGAAGACAUGAUUAAAGGAAUGAAGUUUGCAUUUCAAAGAAUGAAGCUGGUGAUAGAAGCAGCGUCUGGUGCUGCUGUGGCAGCCGCCAUGUCCGACAAACUGGCAGGCAUGGACAAGGAAAUGAAAAACAUAGGAGUUAUCCUGUGUGGUGGCAACGUGGAUAUAGAAAAACUGCCUUGGUAGUAGUCUAGGGUUGUAAUGAGGUACCUAGGGGUGUUUGAUACUGUGUCUUCUGUUUUCAACUUGCAUUGGUACAUAUCAACAGUAUGGGCAAACUGUAAGUCUAGCAGCAUAUUUGUCAAGAAUUUGAAUAUCAGAAGCUGUAUCGGAAUUAGAUGUGUAUGUACAUGUCAGCAGUGCAUAUGUACAUAAAAAAAACAUCAAGAACAUAAUCCUCUUGAGAAAAGUGCUGGAGGAAUAAGCACUCAAAUUGUCAUAAAUGCUUCAAUAGAUUAUUUUAGUGUUUAAGAUUUGUGAUAUAAAUAUUUGAGAAAGAAAUUUCCAGCAUUUUAAAUGGAAACAAUGUAUUGUGAAAGUAUUAAACCAAUCAUAUUGCAUGGAUACAAAGAACUAAUGUAGGAAAUAUAUCAAAUGAAGGAGUUACAAUGGAUAGUUCGGAUGUAUCAGAUAAUUCAUAAAGGGGAUAGGAUAUAAAUAAGAACUGAUGUUAUGGUAAAACAUAUUUAAUAAAGGAGAUGCCUAAGGGAUAAUUAAGUUGCAUGGAUUUGUAAUGGUAUCGGGAACCAAACAAUAUUAAACAAGAUGAUUAUAUCCUAUAAACAUAUUGAAGGUAUAUAUAUUUUAUUAACAUUAAACAAAAUAUUAACCUCAAUUAAAUUAAUCCAACUUUAUCAAAUGUAUCAAAUUUUACUAACUGUGAAGGCUAUGAUUCAUGUAUUUAAAUAAACUGUCGUGGUAAGAAGUUAAUGAAUGUCCUCUUUUGUAAAUGAUGUUAAGCUUAUUCCGAUUUUAUAAUACAAUACGCAUUUAACUAAGUACAAACCGUUUGUGUUUGUCCCAAUGCAUAUUAUGGAUUAAGUAAAGACUAUCCAUGCUAUUAUAAUAAUUUGCAGUUUCCAAUAAGCAAUCAAUUUGUGAAUACAUCUUUAUAUGUUUAAUGUAAAGUGAAGAAACUAUCUUAAGUCCAUCAAAAAUGUAAACCUCUUGAAACCUGAAUCAGUACAUUUGUACUUGUUUUUUUUUUAUAUAUAAUUAUUUGUUUAUGCAUGGAUGUUUUAUAUAUACAAUUGAAAAUUCCAGUUUAUUGUGUUACACCAUGUUAUAUAUAUCACCGUAUAUUUGUUUUAUUUACAUCGUAACCAAUGUUAGUGAUAUUAUGAUUGGAGAGCUAACGAUUGUGCAAUAUAUAUAUGGUGCUUGAAUUUUAUAUGAAUAUUUAACGAUGUAUGGAUGAUGCCAGUAUUAAAUUACAUCAUUUUA